UUCUCAAACAAAAAGUUUCAACUAAUCAACUAUGCCAGAAGCUCCUAUGCCUUAUAUUCCUUCAUAUUCACCUCCAAAACAGUUGAACUUACCGAGUCUGUAUUGCGCUCUUAUCAUUGUAGGAACAGCAGUUUUCCUGCUUGGCCUCUACAAUUUCAUCAUAACUCGAUGGUGCAAUGAAAAUAACCACACGAAUCAGUCUCUUGAACAAAACACUGUCCAGGUUCCUAAUAACCUUAACGCGAACAUAGUGUCCAGUUUCAGGUACACGAAAGGAGAAGUUGGAGGAAAUCAACAGGAGAAGAAUGGUGAUUAUGAGUGUGCUGUGUGUUUAUCAGUUUUUGAAGAAGGGGAGGAAGUGAAGCAACUUCCAAUAUGUAGACAUUAUUUUCAUGCUUCUUGCAUUGAUAUGUGGCUUUGUUCUCAUUUGGAUUGCCCUUUGUGUCGUUCUCCGGUGGAGCCACUAGUGCUACACCGGAAUAGUUUCACAAGGCAAGAGGAAAGUUCUCGAGAUGGGUUGAUAGUUCAAGACAGUUCAGUUUAGUUCAUUUUCUUUCAUUUCGUUUUGAAUUUUUUUUCAGAGGUAUUGUCUUUCAUUUCAUUUUUGUGUUAUGAUAGUUUUUGUUUCUAGGAAAUAUUGGUUUUGCAUGAAGAUGUUCCUUGAUGAGGAGAUCCCGGUGAGUGUGGUAAUAGAGGAAGAUGAUAGUUGCAAUCUUGAUCUAUCCUUAAUCAGAGAUUUCUCUAUGAAAAAUAUGAAUCGAAAUUUCCAUGAAUCAUUCAUGCAUUCUAAGGCAAUAGUUACUGAAUCCUAUUUUCAGAAAGUUGAAUUUAAGUCCAGUGUUGUGAAAGACAAUAUUAGCGAGAGGCGAGGCGACCCUUCCUCACUUAUUAGCUUAGUGGCGAGGCAAUCUUCAAAGGCAACAAAGGCAAAGGCGAAAAAGGUUUCGCCUUGCGUCACCUUUUUUGUAUUUGUUAAAAAAAAAACAAUUUAGGAAUUAAAAGUUAAAAGGUAAUAUUAGAAUUUUUUUUCAAAUUUGAACAGUUGGACUAUUAGGCAAUGACUUCGGCUUCAACCAAUCGACUCAACUAGACUUCUCUGGCAAAAUCAAAGUCCAACCAAUACGUAUUUCUUCUUCUUGACUUCUUCAUCUGUUUCUUUUUCUUUCUUCUGCAGACUUGAGAGUAACUUCAACCUCUCUUUUUUCCUCACUUCUUUGACUUCUAUUUUGUUUUUUUCACAUUCAAGUUCUUAACUUUUAUUUUGUUUUUUCCUCAUUCAAGUUCUUUAUUUUUAGAAUGUACUAUCUACUUCCAGUUUUUUAAUUGAAUUUGCUAAUAUUUAAUUCAGAUUUUGAUUUUUAUAUAUGUAAUUUAAUUUAUUAAUUUUUUUUAAUUAAUUGACACCGUACUUCAAAAAAGUGAGUACCUUGCCACUCACCCCGAACCCAUGUUGCCUUUUGUCAUCCAAAACAGUGCACCCAUCGUGACUUGAUAGUCAAUGAAGUGAGUUAAAAAUAAUGAGGUUUCAAGUUCAAAUUCCCAAAGACAAAAACAUAAAGCAAUUCGUUUCAAUCUAUCCAAUCAUAGGUAGAUAGAGUUAUAUUAAUACCAAGUGGGAGAUAUCACUUAGCUGAUGGAAUUAGUCUCUCUUUUUUUUUUUUUGGAUGAGUGGAAUUAGUCAAGAUGUGCAUGACCCAGCCCAAACAUCAGGUUAUAGAAAAAGAUGAUAGUUACAGGAAAUGCAUGCUUGUAUUCUAUGAUGUGAAAAAAUGAUUACCUGUAACAAGUUGUGGCAGGUUUGAUUUUUUGAAUAUAAUACAAGUAUGUUACCUUCUCAAAAAAAAAAA